CAGAGGUUUUCUGAUCGACGUUUGUCGAGGACGAAAGUUGCUAAUGACGAUUUUCUCGCGCGUGUGCCUUAUGCAUCUUUGAUGGCAUCAUUAAUAUGCGGGUUUGGAGUUGUUUUAUUUGCAAUAAUGAUGGCUUGGGCAUCAAACGCAGUUGUUGAACAAGCACGACGAUCUCUUUCUAUUGACAAUAUUCCUUGGUUAGCGAAGAUGGAGGUAUUCUUCGUUGCCGUUGCAAUCAUAAUGUGUGUUGCUUCUAUAAUUUUGCUUAUAAUUGGUAUGUUGAGUACGGGUUCAACAAGGAAUGAAUUCUAUAGAAAUCCACGAAGUCGUUUUGGUGGCCGUGUGGCGAAUGCAGUAGCUCUAAUUGUUUCUUAUAUCUUGAAUUUGUUUUGGCUAUUGGCGUUUGCCAUCACUGCAAUUUUUUCCUUUGUUUAUUACAUUUUCACAGGUUUAUGCUCAUCCGUUGCGUUUGAUGAUCACAAGGAUUGCCUUGAUUUAUCUGUUUUCCAACCUUUCAUUCGGAGGAUCUCAUCAUCGUCGUUUGUGUUAUGUGGUGGUGAUGUGCAGCAAUUUUGUGCGCUAUCUUCAAGUGCUUUUGUGUGGUUUAUCGUCGCAUUAAUAGCAAAUCUUCUUGUUAUUAAAGGUCUCGUACAUUUUUUGAUAUGCUGUUCGGCAAACUACGCUCAUGUUACUAGUGGAUUAAAAUACGCUAGCUUGAAAGAGGUUCUUUUGUCAGGCGAUACCGAUGCUGAUAUUGCUGAACUGCGAAAAUUUCCGAAUGCGCAUAAUGCCCAUUAUAACUCAUAUUCACCAUACAGGCAGUCUUAA